GAGUCUUUACUCCGGUCGGCUGCACUUCGUCUCAAGCAUGUCUUCCGCGGAGGGUCCUGAUACCGCCACGCCCACCACCAGCCCAGCAGUGGAAGAGACAGAGCAGAAAAAUGUAGCUGAUAGAGUGGCCAGCCUGCCGCUGGUCAGCUCUGCCUAUGACAUGGUCUCGGCUGCGUAUGCCUCUACCAAAGAGAGUCACCCGUACGUGAAGUCUGUCUGUGACAUGGCGGAGAAGGGGGUGAAGACGAUUGCUUCGGUGGCGGUCAGUGGCGCGCAGCCCAUCCUGAACAAACUGGAGCCACAGAUUUCCACAGCGAAUGAAUAUGCCUGCAAAGGCUUGGACAAGCUGGAAGAGAAGUUGCCAAUUCUUCAACAGCCAACUGAUAAGGUCAUUUCGGACACCAAAGAUCUGGUCACAGGAGCUAAGGACGCUGUGAGCAACACCGUCAGCGGCGUGGUUGACAAAACCAAGGAAGUAGUCCAGGGCGGUGUGGAGAUGACCAAGUCGGCUGUCCAGGGCGGUGUGGAGAUGACCAAGUCGGCUGUCCAGGGCGGUGUGGAGAUGACCAAGUCGGCUGUCCAGGGCGGUGUGGGCAUGACCCGGUCAGUGGUCCAGGGCGGUGUGGACAUGACCCGGUCGGCGGUUUCCAGCAGUGUCAACACCGUGAUGGAGUCCUCAGUGGCACAGAUGGUGUCCAGCAAUCUGAACACUGUCAUUGGAAAAUCUGAGGAGCUGGUGGACCAGUAUCUUCCAAUGACGGAUGAAGAACUGGCCAAGCUGGCCACCGCCGUGGAGGGCUUUGAAAUAGCCACAGUGGAGCAGCAGAAGGAGGAGAAAAGCUACUUUGUGCGCCUGGGAUCCUUGUCGAGCAAGCUUCGCCACCGGGCCUUCCAACACUCCCUGGCCAAGUUGAAGAGCGCCAAGCAGGGCACCCAUGAUGCCCUUUCCCAGCUCCACCAGACCAUUGAACUGAUUGAGCACGUCAAACAGGGGGUCGAUCAGAAGCUUCAAAGCGGCCAGGAGAAGCUCCAUCAGAUGUGGUUGCAGUGGCAUCAGAAAGAGUCUCCCCAGACUAAACAGAAGGCCGUCCCUGAGCCACAGGAGAUCGAGUCCCAAGCCCUGGAGGUCUCUCGUGGCCUCACCCAGCAGCUGCAGUCGGCCACGGCAACGUUGGCGUCCAAUCUCCAAGGACUUCCUGCUGGGCUUCAAGGGAAAGUGGCCCUCGUCCGCCAGAACGUCGAGGAGCUCCGGAUGGCCUUCGUGUCUGCUGGCUCCUUCCAAGACUUGCCGGGCUCCAUCCUGGCUCAGAGUCGGGAAAAAGUCGCCAAGGCCCGUCAGUUGACGGAUGAGUUGAUGGACCACGUGGUCCAGAACGUCCCCCUGACGUGGCUUGUAGGCCCCUUCUCUGCCUCGCAAAAACCAGAUGCAGAAGAAAUAGAAAUGAAAUAGGAUUUCAGGGUGGGGCGGGGGACGUUAGGAGAUUGUCCGAAGCGUAGGUAUUUUUGGAGCGAAGAGAAGAGCUAGGCUUGGCUGCAGAUAGUUGAAAUAUCUACAUCAGUGUCCCUCAUGCUCAGCAACUUUAAGAUGGGUGGACUUCAACUCCCAGAAUUCUGGGAGUUGAAGUCCACCCAUCUUAAAGUUGCUGAGGUUGAGGGACAUUGAUCUAUAUAGAAGUCUUGAUGCAAAAGGUUUCUGAACAAAACAAAGCAGAGUUCUGAUGGUUCAGUUGCUUUUGUUUUCCUAACUUUUGGCUGAUGGGACUUACUUAAUCCAUCUUAACACGCCUGAUGUAGUAAAUUGGCAAUUUGGGAGGUGUUUUUCUCACCAGGGAAUCCACAAGCCAACUAAAAGCAAUUCUUUUUUUUUUCUUUUUUCUUUUCUCAUUCUUUGCAGGGGAGAGAGGAUAGAAUCCACCUUAAAGGGACACCACCGAAAUUUAGGUUAUCAGAGGGUUUUUUUUCUUCUGCACCCCCCCCCCCCCAACUUUUUAAAAACCCCACAGAGAUCAUUCUUGCAAGGGGAGGUCUCGGAAACACAGAAUUUUCCAGUUUGAUGCAAAAUGCAGGGGUACGCUGGGGAAGUGAACCAAUUAUGCCCAAGUCUUGCCUUUUUCUUCUGUUUUUUUUCUUCCCAGUGACAAUUCUUUUUCGUAAUUGGUCUUUUUCCCCCGAGUGCACGGAUUUGACAGUAGCCUGCCAGGUUCUAGGAAACAGAACUGAGAAAGCUUAAAUUGCCAGAAAUUUCAGUGGGAUGGAGGCAAAAGUUAGGAAUUUACCUGUUUUUUAUUCCUGCAUUCUGGUCGUGCUUGUUCAGCCAUUCCCUGCGCAUGGUAGCCUUUAGGUGAAAAUGGGGCUGAACAUCUUUGCCCAGUUUCUUCUGCAUUUAAAAGGGAAAUUAUCUAGGGUGGUGGUGCAGCCUGUGGGUGAGGCUCUUCCCAUCAUUUAGGGGGUGGAAUCAACUCUUGUCUUUGAAGAAGGGGCCCCAGUAGAGUUGAUCAAACUGGCUUCAUUUCCAGCUCAAGUUUCAACUCAAGCUCUGCAGAAGGCUUUGGCGUGUCAUGUGUAAACUGAUUUCCUCUACAAGCUUCUCGUUGUCAAUUUAUGUCACGUGCCUUAACUCAUAAAAUAAAACUAAUAUCAUGUUGCAUUAAAAA